AUGACGGCUGGCGAUGGCCUUGUAGAAGGCCUCUCGCACAUUACUACCGAGCUGCUCCGCAAAGAGCUGCAACGCCGACAAGACGAAGUCGUGAAGCCCGAGUGCGGGUCAAAGGGCGGGAAGAAACACUACAACACCGGCAUCCAUGUCUUUGCUCUGUUCCUUAUCCUAUCCCUGAGUACGGCAGCUUGCUCUUUCCCCAUCGUCGUCAAGCGCUUUCCCGGUAUCCCAGUGCCUUCUCGCUUCCUGUUCCUCUCGAGACACUUUGGCACCGGCGUGCUCAUAGCAACGGCCUUUGUCCACCUCCUGCCCACCGCUUUCGAGUCGCUCCUCGACCCAUGUCUUCCACACUUUUGGAACCGAGGCUACCCGGCCAUGCCCGGGCUCAUAGCCAUGACAGCCGUCUUUGUAGUCGUGGGCAUUGAGAUGUUCUUCGCCUCCAAAGGCGCUGGACAUUCGCACGCGGUCGACUACGAUACGCUUGGCCGUGACGCCCAUCACGCGCACCCUCGGCCGAACCACAAGAGAAGUCACAGCUUCGGACGAUAUAGUGCUGGCCCAAAUGCCAACGUCCCCGGCAUCGUGCUGCAUGAUGUAGAGGCGUCUGAACAUUCAGGCCUCAUGGGAGGACAGUCGCCGGCGCUUUCGCUUGUGUCUGCUACAACACCGACUGCGCCCAACGGCUAUGCUGCUAGGCAUGGCGCUGACAGUGACGACGACUCAGAUUUCGACAUUAGCCCUGAAGAGCUCGCUCGACACGAGGCAGACGAAGAUUCAGAGGACGAGGCUCGCCUGUUGUCCCGCCCCAGUGCUCGCAAACCAAACACCAACCCCCGCGAACCCUCCCCGGAGACAACUGAGAAGACAGAGGCACAGAACAAGAAGCUGCUGCUACAGUGCCUGCUUCUUGAGGCGGGUAUUCUGUUCCACAGCGUCUUUAUUGGUAUGGCCCUAUCGGUUGCAACUGGGACGUCCUUCAUCGUGCUUCUCGUGGCCAUCUCCUUCCAUCAGACAUUCGAAGGGUUCGCGCUCGGAUCUCGCAUCAGUGCUAUUCGCUUUCCUGUAGGCUCACCUAAACCCUGGUUCAUGGCGCUGGCCUAUGGGACUACCACGCCUGUUGGACAGGCUAUUGGUCUUGCAAUCCAUACACUCUACGACCCUUUCAGUCAGACUGGCUUGUUGAUGGUGGGCUUCAUGAACGCUAUCUCGAGUGGGCUGUUGCUGUUCGCUGGUCUUGUCGAGCUUCUUGCCGAGGACUUCUUGAGCGACGAGAGCUACGUCACUUUACAGGGCAAGCGGCGACUGCAAGCUUGUGGCAGUGUCGUUGCUGGGGCGCUGCUUAUGGCAUUAGUCGGCGCGUGGGCAUAG